GUCUGCCAACGAAUUAGGAAACCAAAAAGUACCUUGAAACGUUUCAGUUGAUAGGUACAUAUUUACGAUAAAAUUAUUUAGUUUACGCCGCCUAUAAACAGAAAAUGUCGGACUCGGACGACAGAAGUAACCUGAUAACAAGUGAGCCUGAUGAGAAUGAGGUCACCAACAUGUUUGCCAGUGUGUGGGUGAAGGUGGAGGUGGGGGAGGUGGAGGGAUCGCAGAACUCCAGUAGCGAGUCCACUGAGGAGCCUCUAGUUAAGGUUAAGAAGCGUACAAAAAAGAGUAAAAGGCAAUUAUUAUCAUGCGAGGAAUGUGACUACACGACGCAAUAUAAAAACUGCUUGAAAUUCCAUAUAAUCAGUCACAGAGACGCAAACCCGCUGAGCUGCGACCUCUGCGGCUACACGACCAAGUACCCCACAGCGCUUAACCGACAUCGCAAAAUGCGGCACCAGCUGACCGCCGAAGAGAAACGCGCCAUAGCCAAGUACAAAUGCGACUUCGAAAACUGUGAAUAUGUGACUUUCUACCGAUGGAACUUGAACGCGCAUAAGCGUAAACACAAGCUGGAGAAGCAGCACAAGUGCCCGAAGUGCGACUAUCAGACGGCCUACCGACACAACUUCAUCAAGCACGGCAAAAUCCACAACGAAGGGGUUUACUUUAAGUGCGAUAAGUGCCCAUUCGUGACCAAGUUCGAGGGACACAUAAGCAGACACCUGGCGAAGAUACACAACGAGAUAUCGGAGGGCGCAAACAAAUGCGACCUCUGCGAUUUCUCAACGAAAAUCAGGUGGCGGCUGAACACGCACAAGCAGCGCAGCUUGCAGAAGAGCGUGAUCAAGUGCGACUACUGCGACUUCGAGACUAUGUACAUGUGCGAGUCGAAGAAGCACAGGCAGCGGCACUUCGGUGAGAUCUACAGGAACAAGUCGCUGCAGACCGAGCAGGAGACGCCCAAAGCCCCGCCGCACACCGAAAUCGACCACGAAAUCCCCUACCAAGAAGAGCACGAAAGCUCGAAGGACCAAUAUCUAAUAGACCCCAACUGCCUCGACUGGAACAGCAUCCAAGUGCUCGAGUCGGACGACAAGGAGCGGCCGUUCAUGUGUCUAAUGUGCAACUAUACGUCCAAGUUCAAGGCGGCGGUCCAGCGCCACUUCCAGCGGCACCACACCGGCAGCCAGAACCGCCCCUACAAGUGUUGCAACUGCGACUUCUCCACCAAAACGAAGGACCAAAUCGCGCUCCACAACAAGAGGAGCAAGUCGGACCGAGUGCUGACGUGCGCCGCCUGCGAUUUUGCGACCUACUUCAAGUGCCAGCACGCGAUGCACCAGAAGUGCCACUACACGUUCAAGUGCUCCAUGUGCACGUACUCGUGCAAGCAGAAGUACGACCUGCAGAAGCACUACUCGGUCAUGCACAUGGGGAAGGGUCUCAAAUGCAGCUACUGCGAUUACAAAGCGGCCAGGAAGGAGAGCUUGCUGUGCCACGAGGCGAUACACACGGGGAACAAGCCGUUCAAAUGUUCGUACUGCAAGUACAUGUCGGUACGGCGCUCGCUGCUCGACAUACACGUGAAGAGGUACCACAGUGAAAUUAAAACGGAUGUGACGAUCGUUAGUGAUGAUAAAAUUGAAUCGUUAAAAGUUCCUCUGCCAAUGUUACUGGAUACAAUUAAAAUGAGUGAGCACUUGCAGUGAUAGCGAGUGAGGUGUAGUUAGAAUUGUGAAUAUUAUAACUGCGUUAGUUAUUAUGAUGUGGAUACAAAAUGCUAGAAGAUAUAUUGUAAAGUUUCAAACUUAAUCUAACUUACAGGAUAAGUGUGGUGGCAUGAAGAGAUACUGCUCUCUAAUUGAAAUAAAUCCACUGAUAAUUAUCAUAAUCAAUCGAAUUAUGCUAAUGAAUGUUGAUUGAUUGUGAUGAGAUGUGAAAAUAUUGCAUAUUCCACUGCAGCUCUUACUCCUUUUUAACACUUAGUCAAAUUAACCCUCAAAAUUGAUAUUUUAAUUUAAAAAUUUAUUUUUUAUUGCAAUUAAUUCUUAUAUUAAAUCAAUUGAAGUUUGUUGUUUUGCUUUUUGAUCAAGUAACAAUGUUAGGUAUGCAAAAUUGAAAGUAGGAAGAGGAAAGAGAAACCUACAUAAUUUUAGAAUAAGCUGACAGUGAGUGAUACAAUGUACAUAUGUUUCGGUAAAUAGACGGUAAAGAAACGGUAAAGGAAGAGUAUGAAACGCCAAAUUAGCAUUUCAUACUCUUUCUUCAUCUCUAUAUUAAUAUAAAUUUAUUUUUUAUCCUUAAAAAUUGGAAAUGUAAAGUCUAGAAAUGUUUUUUUUAAAUAUUACUCUUGGUCUAUUGUUGUCUUUCUAUUUAAAUUUGUCAUACAAUGUCAAAUUAUUAGUUAUCAUUUUUGUUAAAGGGGCCUGUGCGAGCUAAAACAGUGUUCUAUUAUGCCUUGAAGCAUAUUGAGAACCAAUGCAUUAAUAAAACAGAUAAUUGUAUACUUUAGAAUAUAUGCAAAUUCUAUAGUAUUUGGAAAUAUAAUGCUUCAUUUGUUACGAUAAUAAAAAGUGUCCAAGACUCCCAAGAAGAUGUGUGCGUGCGGCUCUGUGUACCGACAGUCAGCCGAGGCCGCUGAUUGGUUGAUUCCAUGUGUGCGUGCGUCACUUAAGCUCUUGUAGCCCCCUUAAACAUGUUAUUUGUUGCCAUGUUACAUUUUUAAAUAAUGUAAAUAAUAUAGUACA